UGAAUGAAAACAAAAAUAUCCAAACAGAAAUCCACUCACAAGUUAUAUUAAAUUUUGUUUUUCAUUUAUAUGUAUUCAGUCUGAAUUUCGUCUCAAUAUGUCCAAAUCGUUAGCCAAAAAAGCGUUGGCUCUUGUGGAGGAAGGCUUGCUGGAUUCAAGCAAGAAAUCUGGACCGGUCAAAGACAAGCAACAGAAAGGAAAUGGAUCAGAAUUAAUACCACAGCAUCAUAAAAUGGUUCGUUCGGUCGGCAAAAAAGGUCACAAGGAAUCGAAGGAAGUGUUGAGGCGCCCCAAGAAUCUAUCUGUCAUAGAAGCUCGGAAACGAAUACAAAAUCGAAAGGAUAAUACCGAAGAUAACAUAAGGAAACUGCUGCUAUUAAGUUCCGCUAAUAUUUCCAAUGAAACCAGCGCCAAGUUAUUCAAACGAGCACAAACAGGACGGUAUGUGGUGAAGGCCGAUGAUAUUUUCGAAAAGGAAGAAACGGAGGAAAGUGUAUUUAAUGAAGAAGAUUUCAAAAACUUUGAACAAGAACUGCUAUCUACGUAGUUGUAAAUAAACAAGUUAGAAGUUUA